AUGGACGGCCUGCAGGGAGCCGAACUCUGCUACCCUCAGUUCCCGAACUCGUCCUGCAGGGGUGUGCUGCGUCCUCGCUCUGAGGCCGUCCUCCUCUACGCGCUGCUCUCCUCCGUCACCGUGCUCACCGUAGCUCUCAACCUGCUGGUUAUCAUCUCCAUCUCCCACUUCAGACAGCUCCAUACCCCCACCAACGUGCUCCUGCUCUCCCUGGCCAUCUCAGACCUCCUUGUUGGGCUGCUGGUGAUGCCGGUGGAGACGGUGCGGUUCAUCGAAACCUGCUGGCUGCUGGGCGACCUCAUGUGCGCUCUGUCUUACAUUAUCGGCUUCACUCUCACCUCAACCUCUGUGGGCAACAUGGUGCUCAUAUCGAUCGAUCGCUAUGUAGCUAUUUGUUAUCCUCUGCAGUAUCCCAACAAAAUCACCCGCAGCAGGGUGGAGGUGUUGGUGUGUCUUUGCUGGGCCUGCUCAUUUCUCUACAACGGGCUUAUCUUAAAGGAGCAUCUCAGGCAGCCAGACAGACACAACUCCUGCUAUGGGGAGUGUUUGGUGGUGAUUAACUACAUCUCGGGGACUGUCGACCUUGUGUUCACGUUUAUGGGCCCCUGCUCUGUCAUCAUCAUUCUGUACAUAAGAGUGUUUAUUGAGGCAGUGUCUCAGGCUCGGGCCAUGCAGUCUCAUAUUACAGCUAUUGCAGACGGUAGAGGUAAAGUCACUGCAAAGAAAUCAGAGAAAAAAGCAGCCAGGACUCUGGGUCUUGUCAUACUGGUGUUUUUGAUGACUUUCUGUCCGUAUUACUACCCCUCCCUCACAGGACAAGACACCUCAAACAGUGCUUCAUCUUGGGCCAUUGUAUCCUGGCUGUUGUAUUUAAAUUCUUGUUUGAACCCACUCAUAUAUGCUUUUUUCUAUCCGUGGUUUAGAAGAGCUAUCAAGUUCAUCGUCAGCCUGAGGAUAAUAGAGCAGGACUCCUCGCAGGCAAACAUACUUUAAAGUCACUGCACUUUUUUUUUUCAAGGGAGAAUGUAACAAAAAUCUAACUGUUGUUGGUCACAUACAACGGCAGAGUAUGUAAACAAUGCCAUUAAUGUAUGUCUGAUAUGUUUGGGUGUUUGGUUUCACUGACAUUUGUUCAGCUUUCUCUCUCUAACCAGCGUUUUGGUCUGGC